AUGGAAGUAAAGGAGGUGCCACACGUUGUGAGGAAUUAUGCAAGAACGUUGCCCUUUGUUCUGCUUUGCUCAUUGGGUACAUCUUACUUCGGGUUGGGAAAGCAUAUCGGACUAAAUGGCUAUCGGUGUCAUAAGCAUAACGUUGGAACUAUGUUAACGGAUCUAAGAUUUCCUAUACCGAGUGUUAACUGGUGA